AUGGGUCCUACAAGCUCGCCGAUUUUGUCGCCGGUGGAUGCUGUCUUUAUGGAUGCGGCAGCCCCGCGCCGCCGGACAGCUCCGUGGCGCUUUGUCGUCGGCGCCGUUGCCGUCCUCGGCGCCAUUUGCAUCACGGUGGCCGCCAUUGCCGUGCACACAACCAAGGUUGCCAACCAUGCGGCGGACAUUGUGACGCAGAUCCAGCAAAGCCCUGGCCUCCGUGUGACGGUGACGGCCAAGCGUCCAAGCAUGGACUUCCACGGGCACAUGAGCACCGACAUUUACAUCGUGGCACACACUCGCCGUACGACGUCGGCACUGAGCUUUGACGCUUACAUGAGCCUGUCUGGCGCCGAGACGACGGAAAUGUACCUCCUCUUGGACAACCGCGCCUACACGUCGUCCGUCGCCGCCAACGGCACGCUGCUUUCGUCGGCGUGCGUGACAUCUGGGCUUCCGCCAGUACAGCUCUUGCAGUCCAGCCUCGCCGAUGCGACGCGCUUGGACGCCGUCGUCGGCACCGACACGACAUGCGACGGCGACUGGUUGCAACUAACGUUUGCGGGCGAGUCGUUUGUCUUUUGCAACGGCGCCAACCACCGCGUGACGCACGCGUCCGGUGUCGACAUUGACUUGAGCAUCGAGUAUCUCGCCGACCCGUCCUUGCUGCCCGAGUUUACGAUCCCCGUCGGUGCCAACUCGACGACGGUGCUCGAAUGCCCUAUUGUCGUGAGUUCCGCAACGACAUCGGCGGCCAGCGCAAACAUGCUCUCGACAGCGUCGCAAGUGUGGACCGCCGCGACGGGGGCACCCCGUGUUGCGACGAUUGAGAGUGCGUCGUGCGGCUGCAAGAUGGCCAAAAAGCCGUGCCUUUUUGUCCACGGUGCUGGCAACUACUUUAACGCUUCGCUCUCAGACAUCUUUCUCUUUGAGUGGGGUCUC